AUGGCGGGUAUUGAACAGCUUGAGUCGUACAUCGUUCGCUGGGUGAAAGUCGACGAAGAGAACACGCUAUCGUGGAGUGUGCAGCCUCAUAAAAAGUCCAUCAAUUUCGGCCUUGUGAAACAUCCCGGCAGCGGUGCCACUACUCUUGCCUCUUCAACAACUGAGGAUCUGAACAAUGGAUCCGAAGAACCCGGCGGCACCUCGGAUGGCAAAGCAAGCCGUUUUUCAAAGAGAGAUACAAAUGCACAAGAACUUUUGAAGAGCAAAGGUUUCAUCCCGAUAAAAUGGAUAGGCAAAUGCGAAGCGGACAAGGUUUCAAUCGGUACAUAUGAUGUCAAGCAAGAUCAGAGUGGGAUGUAUGGCCUUGUGUUCGACAACACCUUCUCGAAGCAAACCUCCAAGACCGCGACCUUUGUGGUUAUGACAUAUCCCACCGGAGCACCACCUCAGACUUCAUCACACUUACCCAAUCUCCAGGCACCGAAGGCCGGAGUGAGCCAAACAAGCCUUGGACGCCAUAGCAGCCCUAAAGGUGAUGGGGUUACAUCUGCUUCCUUAGACAGCCUUCACAGUCAUGACGCAGCAGGAAACGCUGCGCCUUCAGUAUCUGGUCGGAGUGAGGGUAGUUCGAGCAAUUACCACACAGGUGUUUUGCACAAGAGACGACGCAAGAAGGGACAAGGGUAUGCGCGUCGAUUCUUUUCUCUCGAUUAUUCUACCUGCACUUUGUCGUACUAUUACAACCCCAAGUCAUCUGCUCUUCGGGGCGCUAUCCCUCUGAGCUUAGCUGCUGUUGCUGCAGACGAACGAAGACGGGAAAUCAGCAUCGACUCAGGCGCCGAGGUGUGGCAUCUGAGAGCUCCAAACGACAAAGAAUUUCAGGAUUGGGCGCAUGCGCUAGAAAAGGCCAGUCGCAUUGCGAGAGGAUUGGAAAGUCUGGAUCUCCCCAAGAAGAACGAACUUAAACUCAACACACGUCAAUUGCAGCCCAUUCACCAAUCUUCCCCACAAGAAGACAGAGAAUGGGAGCAGGUGGAAUCUCUGGUCAGUCGCGUAGUAGGAACUCGCGACGCGCUUCGACGUUUGACCCGCGAGGUCACGAUUCAGUCAAAGCCACCGCCGGCAACCACCCCUCAGUAUCUUUCACCUGGUGGCAAUACCAGUGCUGUCGACGAUAACGAUACCUACUUUACACCCCCUCCAGACCAGAGACGCUCGUUCUGGAGACGAAAGUCGAACACUCCUGCGAUAUCUCCUGCGACAUUGGGGGCGCCAACAGCCAUGGCAGUGCCCGCACCAGGCGGUGUCACGACGACUAUCUCAGCUACCACGCCAAACCAUUCGCGCAAACAAUCGAAGAGCACUUUGCGAGAGGAGAACACGCUCCAAGAUCAUUGCCACUCAUUGUUGACAGAUUUGGACUCAGUUGUUUCUGAGUUCACAACUCUUAUCAACAACAGUAAGCGUCGUCGGUUACCGGUGCCUUUGUCCGCGGGCGGCGUGUCAAGAAAGAGUAUAGACACGGUAUCAACUGCCGAUGAGUUCUUUGACGCGGAGGAUGCCAACUCAGCUGUUCUCAAGAUCGAUGACAGUGAAGACGAGGCUUCACGCUCAGAACAGGGAGAAGAUGAAGAGGCAGAGGAAGAUUCUUUCCGAGACAACUCUUCCGUGUCAUCCAUAGGAGAGCCUGACGCUGCCAAUCCUGACGAUGCGUCUCAUUUGUUCCCAGUAAAACCCAAGACCCUCUCACCCCUACCCAUCGAGCAAGCUGUGGCGAGAAGAGCGACCAUACCGCCUGCAGCGGCAGCGGCGCCAAGUCUGAUCGCGUUCUUCCGGAAAAACGUUGGCAAAGAUUUUAGCACAAUCAGUAUGCCUGUCACUUCGAACGAACCCUCGUCAAUGUGUCAGAAGGUGGCCGAACAGCUGGAGUAUGCGCAGCUGCUAAACCAAGCGGCAAAGCAAUCUUCGCCCACUGACAGACUUCUCUUCGUGGCUGCCUUCGCGGUGUCACAGUUUAGUAGUGGACGAGCCAGGGAGCGCGCCAUUCGCAAACCGUUUACUCCUCUACUUGGCGAGACUUUUGAGCUUGUACGAAGCGAGAAAGAGGUACCGGGAGGCUUCAGGCUCUUGGUCGAGAAGGUCCAGCACCGGCCUCUUCUUUUGGCAAUGCAGGCCGACUCGGCCAACUGGUCGUUCUCUCAAUCACCUGCGCCUGGUCAGAAGUUCUGGGGCAAAAGUGCCGAGAUCACUACGGAUGGCCGUGUGAGAAUUGUGCUACGACUGUCCAAUGGCUCCGAGGAGCGAUACUCGUGGAACAUUGCUACCAUGUUCCUGCGUAAUGUAGUAAUGGGCGAAAAGUAUGUGGAACCUGUGGGCACAAUGCAUGUUGUCAACGAUAGCACUGGCCACAAGGCUGCGGUUGAGUUUAAGAGUAAGGGUAUGUGGGGUGGACGCACUGAAGAUGUCGGUGUCGAGAUCUUCAACCCUGAAGGAGCCAAUACAGGAAGUGGCUUGGUAGGCACAUGGACAAACAGCUUGAAGACAACCGGAGUAGGGGGCGGCCAGGAGAUUUGGCGAGUUGGAUCCCUGGUGGACAACGCUGCCAACACUUUCGGCUUUACCACUUUUGCUGCGACCUUGAAUGAGGUUACCGAGAUCGAGAAGGGCAAGCUGCCACCUACAGACUGCCGCCUGCGACCUGACCAGCGCGCAUACGAGCAAGGUGCAAUCGACGACGCCGAGGACUUGAAACAAAAGCUUGAGGAAGCGCAGCGUGUCCGACGUCGAGAACUGGAAGAACGUGGUGAAACAUACAGGCCACGAUGGUUCGUCAAGGCCGAGAACGCCCCAGAGGGCGAGGAGGUGUGGAAACUGAAGACAGGAAAAGACAGUUACUGGGAGGAACGUGCAAAGGGAAGCUGGCAAGGGGUUGAGGAGGUCUUUAAGAUUUCUUAA